UUGAUGUCCUUAAGGCUAAGAUAUCAGAACAGCAACAGCAACAGAUGGCUCAGGAAAUGCAGCUGACAACAUUGCACACGGAGCGCCAGGAGCUACAUGAGCAAGUGGAAGUGCAACACAAGAAGUGGCAAGAGGCUGUGCAAAAGAUUCAGACUCUUGAAGCAGCUCAAGUGGUUAAUGCUGAGAAUGAGCAGAAAUUGAAGGAAUUAGAGAAUAAAAUGACUCAGCAAGAACAAGACUCUGUGAUUGUAAAGAACAUGCGGUCAGAUCUAGGUCGAAUUCCUGAACUGGAGAAAGAGCUUCGACAGCUGAAGGAGAAGAAUGCCUAUUGCAGGGAGGUGGAAGAUAACAAUUCACUGCUGAAGGAAGAAUUAGAAAGUCUUCGUAAAAAGCUUGAACGUCUCGAGAAGUUAAAGGAAGAGAAGGUUGCUCUGGAAUUGGAAAAUGAGGAAGGGUUGGUGACGAUUCGCCACGGCAGAUUUACCACCGAUGAUUUUCCACUGCCAGUUCUCCACCAGCAUUUCUCCACUGGGGUUGUUUGAUCUCUGGAGACUAUU